UCAAGGAAGAGUGUUAAGUCAGCCCACAGCAUCAGGAACCGCUACUCCAGUCAAUGGACUCUGACCAAGUGUCAGGCGUCGACGCCAGCCCGCACUCUCACUUCAGACUGGCGCACAGUUGGUUCUCAGCAUGGCAUCACUGUCACAGAGAGUGACAGCUACAGUGCCAGCCUCUCACAGGACACAGACAAGGGGCGCAACAGCAUGGUGUCCACCGAGAGCGCCUCCUCCACCUACGAAGAGCUGGCAAGAGCCUACGAGCAUGCAAAGCUGGAGGAACACCUGCAACAUGCCAAAUUUGAGAUUACAGAGUGCUUUAUAUCCGACAGCUCGUCUGAUCAGAUGACCACAGGUACCAACGACAACGCAGACAGUAUGACGUCUAUGAGCACACCGUCAGAGCCCGGCAUCUGCCGUUUCACUGCCUCGCCGCCCAAACCCCAAGACUACGAUCGUGGCAAGAAUGUAGCCGUGCCCAUUCCACACCGCGCCAAGAGCGACUACUGCAACCUGCCCCUGUACAUGAAGUCCGAUCCCUUUUUCCGAAAGCAGUCAGAACACCAUGACCCAUGUCCAGUUGUUCCACCACGCGAAGCCUCUAUUCGUGGCCUAGCCCAGCGGGCGUACCACAGCCAGGGCCGUCACGUGACCAUGGACUCUGCGAAGCAACAGGCUCUGACCAUGGGCCACUCCGGCCUGUCAAACCUCACUUCCUCCGGGGCGUCCUCUGGAGGAGCAACGGGAGGCGGCGGUGGAGGCAGUGGGAGCGGAGGCUUGUCUGCCAGCUCCAGCAGCUCCACGCUGCCCCAGCGGACUCUCACCAUGCCCAGCUCCUCUGCUUCUGCGGCUCAGAGUGCCGCCGCCGCCACCGCUGCUGCAGGAGGGGCAUCAUCUUCCUCUGGCGGUGGGGCAGCAGGGACCUCGGGGGGGACCCCUGGAGGUGCCUCUUCUUCCUCCUCCAAAAUGGGAGGAUCCAGAGACUCUCUCCUGGAGAGCAGCUCUUCGGGAUUAGGCAGACUGCAGAAGCAGAGGGAUGGGGGGUCAGGAGCCUACUCCAAGUCCUACACACUGGUGUAGCCUGCCAUUAGCGAGGCCUGUCACUGUAACUCUUAAUACAAUGCUGGUUCAGCCGGCGUUUGCCUGGAGCCUCUGUGGUGAAUCGGGGUGACGAACAUACACAUGCACAGCUUACCCGUCAGUGCCUGUGCUGUGUCAGCCUGCAGGGAGCUGGUUGGGCUCCCGUCAACACAACUGUUUCAAGGGGUCAGAGUUGGGUGUCCACAGCACAGGGGCUUGCCUUUCUUUCUGCCUGAUUGUGUUCCGUUAUAUUUGUGUAAUUUCUCUCUUUCUCUCUCUUUCUCUCUCUUUCUAUUUUUUAAAUCACCCUGGAAAUCACUUGCCAAAACAAAAAUGAUUUAUCUGUUCAGUCUAUCUUCAUUUUCAGGCAAGUACACAGAACUUAUGCACAAAAUGCUUUUAACUUGCACUGUCUUGCUUUCUACAACAAGACAGCUGUAGAUUGAACCAGGUUGCUUAAGACGUGUGUUGAGGUUUAAUUUUUUUUUAUUUUUAUUUUUAUUUUUUUAAAAACAAACGAUAUGUAACCGUUAUGUUCUCUGAUGGAAGAUUCGUUCAUAUCUCAGCAUUGUGCCACGGCAGGAUGCCUUUGCUGUAUGCACAAAUCCCCAGCCUCUGUGUUACUUUGGCUCUGUACGGUUAGUCCAUCAUAGAUCCACACAUUAGAGGCAGAGGAACGACUCUUGUACAUGCAAUGGAUGACCCAGCGUUGCGGUCGCAAUGGAAGAUUUUAUAGAAAGAGGAGCUAAAAAUGUCAAGCAUCACUGAGUGAAAUCUAGAUUCUUUUUUUUUUUCUUUUAUCCAAAAGGUUUGUUUGUUUUCAGACGAUGGAAGCAUAUAACCCCGUGUGCACUAGGAAACAGUUUGAAAGGAUCCAAGUAACGAAAAUGUCACGAGUGAGUGAGUGAGUGAGCGUGUGUGUGCGUGCGUGCGUGUGUGUGUGUGGAUGUAUAUGUGUAAAUAUAUAUGUGUACAUGUGGCAGGCACACACCAACAAUGGACCUUUUUAAAACCAAUCUGUAUGCUGAAUUCUUGGGCAGAAGUCUGUGUCUAAACUAAACAAAACCCUCCUCCCCAGUUUUAUUUUUUUCUUUUUGUACCUAUGAAAACACAGAAUGAUAAUGAUGAUGCUGACAAUUUGACACAAUUUAAACUUAAUUUGCUCUAGUCGGUUUUUUUUGUUUUUGUUUUUUCAGAUUUAAUAUCUGUUGCUAACAACAUGGUGUAGGUGAGUUAUAAAAAUGCUAAUGAAGCAGAAGGUCCAUAAGCUUUCAUUUGAGGAUUAGAAAUGCAGUGCCUUGCAAAAGUAUUCACCCCCCUUGAUUUAUUUCACAUUUUGUCACGACAGCCAACUUUAAAAAAUAUUUUAUUGAGACUUUAUAUAAUAGACCAAUAGAGAGUAGCGCAUAAUUGUAACGAGGAAAGAAAAUGAUACCCAGAUUUUUAAAUUGUUUUCUGUAUAUUGAUGUGAAAAGUGUGGCUUCUAUUUAUAUUUAACCCGCUUUAUGCUAAUGCCCCCAAGUAAAAUCCAGUGAGCCAAUUUACGACAGAACUGACUUAAUGAGAAAAAUAAUGAACUUGUCAUGAUUUAACGACAGCGUGUUGCUACUCGGUGCAGAGCUUGUUAGAGAAGUGAAGUAAACGGAGAGCGACAUGAAGACCAAGGACAACAACUGACAGUGCGAGGUUAAAAUUUCAGAGCAGUUUAAAGUCGAGAUAUCUGAAAACAGAAAAGAGGACAACACACCCACAAACCUACCAAAUCAUGUCAUCUAUCAGAGAAGCAGCAAACUGGCUCAGUUACAACAAGCUUUCUGCGUAAUGGUAACUCUGGAAAAGCUACCAAGAUUCACAGUUCGGGUGAAAACACUUUUAGCAGGACAAAUAUUAGCUGCCAUUCUGCAAAUUUGACAUUUAAUGGUCGAGGAAUGAGAAGAGAGCCAUUGCUUAAAGAAAGCCAUAAGAUACCCUGGUAGUCUUUGUUGAAGACGGUUAAUUUGGGAUGAGACCAAAAUUUAGCUCUAUGCAAACUAACACUGCACAUACACAUUUCCCCCUGUGGAUAAUGGUAACUGUGAUGUUGGGGUGUAAUUUCAUUGCAUGGAGAGGGAAGUGGCUCAGAGUUCAUGGGAAGCUGGAUUGAGAAAAGUAGAGGGAACUUGACUAAUAAGUUUUAUUUCUUGCAAGACACUUGAGCCGAUCUCCCUGCAGAGCAACUGCAUUAAACAUGCAGCCAGAGCUGAAAUAUUCACAAGUUAGAUUUUCUAGUUCAAAACUACGUAUUGUUUUCCUUCCGUUUCACAGUUAUACGCUGCUUUUCUGUUGGUUUAUCGCAUCUAAAUCUCUAAAAACUACAUCCAGGUUUGGGGUUGCAUCUAAGGAAAUAUGAAAAAAAGUUAAAGGAGUAUUUAUAGUUUUGCAAGGCAUUAGAGGGUCCUGUUUGGUCAUUUUUAUUUUUAUCUGGACAAAGACUUUAGGAAACUCCUUUACGGUUCACAAUCCCGUCAUUUCACUGUCGCCUUCACAACACUUCCAUCAUCCGCUCUCCUUUCCUCCUGCCCCUCCCCCCAUCACAUUCAUACAGUGUCACUGUGACGUACUGCUAGCAUGCUGGCCAGACAGACAGACCAACCGAACAAGAGGUUUCCUUUACGCACGUCUGUGCAGAAAUUCUUAACUUUCAGUGACAGCUUGAAUGCGCACAUUCAGCAAAUUUUUUGAGAAAUGUAUUUGUAUGAUUUUGAAUAAAUGACCAGGCAAUGAAAUUAUAUAGUGUUACAAGAAUCUGAAGAAUUUGCUAAAAAAAAGAAAAAAAAAAAAGAAAAAAAAUCAAGUUUCUCUAACUUUUUUAAUUUAAGUUUUAAUUUUGCGGUUGAAAUGUUUCUUUUGUUUUCAUUCUUCAUUCCUUUAUCCCAAAGUUUGUAAUCUCAUAACAAUAAUUGUUCCAAAAAAAAAAAAAAAAAACAUAGAAAAGAGUUGCUCCAAAAGUUUUGCAUCGGUAAAACGUAACAUCAGGGCUCUCGCAAUAGAAAAAAAGAUACCAUAUAUAUGUUUGUUUUCAAAAAAAAAAAAGUAUGUACAUAUAUAUUUCUAUUCAAAUAUAUAGCAAAUAUAUGAAUAAAGAGCAGAGACAUAUAAAAGCCGUUCUAAUUGAAAAUAUAUAUUAAAAGAUCACAAGACAAUCGCUCCGAGUGAAGCAUCACACUAAAUGAUAACGAAGCAGGAAGACGGGAGGUUUAAACGGGUAGCGCGGCUGUGGAUGGAAGACCUUGGAGAGAAAAGAGAGUGG